AUGUCAAUCCUCAGCGUCGCGCUCGCUUUGCUCAGACCCUUCUUGGGUCCCUAUCUUGGCUUCAUUAUCGAUACAUAUGCCUCCAUCAUGAUGAUGCUCUUUUUUCUUGGUUUUCCUUCGGUACGCGAGCGACUUGUACGAGUAUUGCUAAGGGAUGAGCCCUUCUUCAUUCCCGGACUUGGAGCAUUGUUCGUUCGCUAUGUGCUCCCGCCCGCCCGCCGAUGGAUGGGUAGUCUCGGCAGCUCAAAUGACUUCCAGAUCGCCGUUGUUUUCUUCCGUAUCGGUCGCACUGUCUACAAGGCAUUCUAUGCAUUCUUCGUUCGUGCCUCGACCCGAGAGCAAUACACGUACAUGCCCCUGUCGAAUAGCUCUGACAGUAGUGAAAUCCGCCUGAUUAAGCUGCAUCCCGGCUCUGGCGAUGACCCUCUACAAACUGAGAUUUUACAUGCUUCGUUGGACGCGGAUGUAAUCGGAAAGUAUGAAGCAGUCUCGUACGCUUGGGAGGAUGGUCAUACAACAAACAAAUUAGAAACAGGGCGCGGUACUCUUCUUAUUACGCCGUCUCUAUUUCACGCAUUGCAUCGAUUUCGAUUGAAAGAAGAGCCCCGCAUGCUAUGGGCGGAUGCGGUGUGUAUUAACCAGUCAGACAACGCGGAGAAGGCAAGUCAGGUGGCAUUAAUGGAUGAGAUCUAUGCAUCUGCCGCCUGCACACUGGUGUAUUUGGGCUGUGAGGCCAAUGGAAGUGAAGUAGUAGGAGAGCUGUUGACCCGAUUCGCCAGGGCUAGUUCUUCCCUCUACCGUUUAUAUGGGAGACAUGGAAUGGAGAUGUUGAGACAUAUUGGAUCGAUGUCGCCUCCAAUGAGGGUGAUGUUCGAAGAAUAUGGACUUCCUGGCCUAGAGGAUCCUGCAUGGAGGGCAUUAGCCAAGCUCUGGGCGAGGCCAUGGUUUCGGCGUGUGUGGGUGAUUCAGGAAUUCGUCCUCUCUCCUGAUGUCCGCAUGUUCUGCGGCGGAUGGGAAGUCAGUUGGUCUGUGUUCUACGUCGCUACGGUCGACGCAUACAUGACGUCCUCCUUCUCGGUUGUUCCAGAUAUACCGAAUGCAUUCGAUAAUGCCGCAAAGCACAUGGGAACGGAAGCUAUGCACAUGAUGUGCGAGUACCGGCAAUCUGCACUGUUGGAGUCGCUACCCGCCUCAGAUGCCGAUAGUAUGCGAAUGUUGACCAUAAAUUUGAACACGAUGGUAUUUCAAGAACAAGAGGAGUUCAACCUUGCGAGAAAGAUGGAUCAUAACCUAAGGCUACGGGUGGAAGUACCUCUUCUUGAUCUCCUUGCGCUAUGUGACAGGAGCAAAGCUACAAGAGCUCGCGAUCAUCUGUUCGCAGUAUUUGGUCUGUCUAGCGCAACUGACCAUGACCUUUUCUGGGCAGACUACUCUUGUACAUUUGACGAGGUAGUGAGGCGCUUCGGUAAAGCUUUUGUUCGCAGGGGGCAGUGUAUGGACCUCUUGUACCAAGCUCGAUUAAACAUUCAAUCCUCGCGGUUCCCAUCCUGGAUCCCUGAUUGGACCACCAAGUUUGUUUUCAUGGGCGAUGAAAUCGACUAUAGCAGCUUGGGGCUGCACAGUGGCGGAUUGUAUGCCGCCGCUGGCGAUACUCAGUGCGAGCCGUGGGUUAGUGAUGACCCAAAGGACGAUUGUCUUGCAGUUCGAGGGAGGUUCGUCGACAAGCUCAGCUGGGUCGGCGGUGACCACGUCAAACACGGCCCCAUACACGGCCUGAUACGUCGUCUUCAACAAUCUUACGACACCAUCGCAGAGCUCGAAGAGACCUCUGGUUCCUAUGUGACUGGUGAGCUAUUCAAAGAUGUAUGGUGGCGGAUGCUGGUGGCCAACAAGACCAAGGGAUUCAGUCCCGUCUCUUCAGAUUUUGCAAUCGGACUACGUUCUAAAUGGCAUAUAAUACCUGCCUUGUGCAAUAUCCUAUUAUCAUCGCCUCCCGAGGAAGCCAAAGAACAACUUGUUGCAAUUAUAGGCCUUCCGUGCUACCAGGCCUUAUACUCUUGCUAUACUGUAUACCAGAUUGCCAAGACGGAGAAGGGAAUGGUCGGUCUCGUGCCGCUCCUGGCAGAAGCUGGCGAUGAGAUAUCUGUUCUCAACGGUGGUGCAGUGCCAUUUGUUUUGAGGAAGGGGAAGCGAUUGCUGAAUGCACAUCGAUUGGUGGGAGAAUGUUAUAUCCACGGGAUCAUGAAUGGCGAGGCGAUGCGGGGCCAAUAUGAGGAGAGAGAUGUCAAAUUGUACUGA